AUGUCUGCCCCUGAACAAGCUGCUUUCACCUUCCUCCCUCUCGGUGCCAUUAUUCAAGAGUUCCGCGUCGGCGGGAAGAAUAUCGUCCUGGGCUUCCCCACGCAGGAACACUAUAUUAAGCACAACUCCCCGCAUUUCGGUGCCACCAUCGGUCGUGUCGCCAACCGCAUCAAGGAUGGUCUGAUUAACAACUUGAACGGUCGGGAUUACCAACUGGUCCUGAAUAAUGGUCCCAAUGCCCUCCACGGUGGUGAGAAGGGCUGGGGCAAGCGUAUUUUUGAUGGCCCCCAUACCGUUCACCGCAAUGGUCAUGAUGCCUUGCUCUUCAAGUAUCACUGUGCCGAUGCUGAGGAGGGUUAUCCCGGUACCGUUGAGGUACGCGUCUGGUACACCGCGAGCAAGGAGGAUGAGAAGACUGUCUUGACUGCCGAGUACGAGGUUGAAUUUGUGGGAGAUGAAUGCGAGGAGACUGUUGUCAACAUCACCAACCACAGCUACUUCAACAUUGGUGAUGGCGCCACUAUCACCGGUACCAUCGCCCAGUUGGAAACAAGCGACUAUCUUCCCCUCGACUCCACCGGAAUCCCAGAAGGUGGAAUUGCCAAGUUCCCCCGCGAUGUCUCCAAGCCAUUCGAGCUCCAAGCGACUGGCCCCCAUAUCGAUGACGUCUUCAUCAUGGAGACAGACCCCUCCAAGAUCCCUCUGGACACCCGCGGUCUGCCCCUUCGCCGACAGGCCCAGUUCAGCAAUGCCAACACCGGCAUUCACCUCGAAGUCCACAGCACUGAGCCCGCGUUCCAAUUCUACACUGGCAAAUACGUCAAUGUACCCUCCAUCGAUGGACUCCCCGCCCACACUGAGGGUGCAGGAUUCUGUGUGGAACCCAGCCGUUACGUCAACGCCAUUAAUGAGCCUGCGUGGCGCGAUAUGGUGUUGCUGAAGAAGGGACAGAUCUUCGGAUGUAAGAAUGUGUACAAGGCUUGGACUGUUUAG